UGAUAUGUACAAAAUCUUUUACUUUGUUAGUAAUUCAAAAAUUUGUUAAAUACAAGUACAAAAAAAAGGUACAUUCUCCACGCUGAGACUGUGGGAUAUGAACCCUAAGAUUGUAGAUGAUUAACAUAUAUUAAUUAAUUAGUGGCAACAGAUAAAUUUAUUACAAGCCAAAUAUUUGCUUGAAGAUGUUCAUGACUUGGUAGAGUAGAUUUUUAAUGUUUUAGCUAUCUUUAUGGGCAUGGAAAGCAAGGAAUUUCAGGGUAGAGUGCAUGACAAUUAAGGAAUUUUGAGCUCCAAAGUACACGCUGGUCCCCCUAAUUACUUUCUGUGCUCAUGGCAUAUUCGCAUAGACUUCACCUCCAAGGCAAUAACAUUCCGUGAGUGUCUUAUAAAUAUUAGCAUUGCUUUGCCAUCAUCUUCACAGCAACAUUUCAUCCCUUCACAACCUCAAAAACACCUAACGAAAAUACCCAGAAUGGCCGAAGGAGUACUCUUUGAUAUUGCUGGGGAGAUCAUUAGGAAGCUGAGUCCUCAAGCCCUGCAAGAGAUUGAAGUGUGUUGGGGUGUCAAAGAUGAGCUUCAGAAACUCAAAGGCACAGUCUCCAGAAUUCGGGCUGUACUUCUUGAUGCUGAGAAGAAGUCGGCCCUAAACGAACAAGUCAAAGAUUGGCUUGGAAAGCUUCAAGAAAUUGUUUAUGAUGCUGAUGACUUAAUAGAUGACUUUGCCACUGAAGCUUUGCAGCGCCGAGUGAUGACUGGAAAUAGAAUGACAAAGGAGGUAAGCCUUUUCUUUUCUUCUUCGAAUCGGCUUGUUUAUGGUUUUAAGAUGGGUCAUAAAAUCAAGGCAAUUAGGAAGAGAUUACUUGAGAUAGAUGCUGAUAGAGAAUCAUUCAACUUAGAGGUUCAGAAUGAGGAGAGGGGUUAUACAACUAAGGUCAGGGAUCAAACUGAAUCCUCUGUGCCUGAAGUUGUUAUUGGGAGAGAGGGUGACAAAAAGGCAAUUAUAGAUUUUCUGUUGGCUUCCAACAGUGAAGAGAAUGUUUCAGUUCUCUCAAUUGUUGGAAUUGGGGGAUUAGGGAAGACUACACUUGCUCAAUUCAUAUUCAAUGAUGAGCAAGUUAGUAAACGUUUUGAAGUAAAGUUGUGGGUUUGUGUAUCAGAUCCUUUUGAUGUGAAAAUGAUUGUUAAAAAAAUCUUAGAGUCUGCAAGGGGUACAAAGUCAGAAGAACUUGAGCUAGAAGCAUUGAAAUCUCACCUUGGAGAAAUUAUUAAUGGAAAAAAAUAUAUGCUAGUGUUGGAUGAUGUAUGGAAUGAAAAUCGUGAAAGAUGGGAUAGUUUGAAGAAAUUAUUAGUGGGUGGUUCUGGGGGGAGUAAAAUAUUAGUAACCACUCGCUCUACAAGAGUGGCAAAUAUAGCUAGCACAGUGGAACCCUACGUUUUGAAAGGCUUAUCUCCAACUGAAUCUUGGUCUUUGUUCCUUCGAGUAGCUCUCAAAGGACAAGAACCAAAAGAUUCAAGUGUUAAAAAAACAGGGGAGGAGAUUGUUAGUAAAUGUGUUGGAGUUCCCCUUGCAAUAAAGACAAUUGCAAGUAUUUUAUGCUUUAAAAAUCCAGAAACUGAAUGGCCAGUUUUCUUACAAGAGGAACUCUCUAAGAUAGCUCAGAAUGAGAAUGACAUUUUGCCAACCCUUCAAUUGAGUUAUGAUCAUCUGCCAUCACAUUUGAAACAUUGUUUUGCAUUUUGUGCAUUAUUUCCCAAAGAUUAUGUGAUUCGUGUGAAAAAAUUGAUUCAUCUUUGGGCUGCCCAAGGGUUCAUUGAGUCAUCAAGUUCAAGUUUAUGUGAUGAAGACAUUGAGUUACAGUAUUUUACAGAGUUGUGGUGGAGGUCAUUUUUUCAGGAAGUAGAGAGGGAUGAAUUAGGCAAUGUAGAAAGUUGCAAAAUGCAUGAUUUGAUGCAUUACCUUGCAACUUCAGUUGCUGCUGGGAAGGGCAUUUGCAGAAUAAAUUCUGAAGAAAAAAGUGUGGAUGAAAGUGUCCGUCAUGUGUCAUUUGACUUCUCGUUAUAUUCAUCCCAACAAAUUACUACUGGAUUAAGCAAUCCACUAAAAUUGAGAACGUUUUUUUUGCCAUGCGCAAUGAUUGAAAAAGUGUCCAAUUCCAUAAAUAGACUAAAACAUCUGAGAUAUCUUAAUGUUUCUCGUAAUGAUGAAAUCGUAGCACUUCCAAAUUCUAUUACGAAUCUACAAAAUUUACAAGUGCUAAAUGUCUCCGAUUGUAGUAGUCUGAAGGAACUGCCUAAAGAUAUUAAAAAACUGAUUAAUCUUAGGCAUUUGUAUUGUGGUGGCUGUUCGAAUUUGACCCAUAUGCCACGUGGGCUUGGGCAAUUGACUUCACUUCGAACGUUGACAUGGUUUGUAGUGGCAAAAGAUAAUUCAGUGGCAAAGAAUGUUGGAGGAUUAAAUGAAUUGAAUAGCCUCAACAAUUUGAGAGGAAGUCUUGCAAUUAGAAAAUUGGGAUAUGUGAAAAAUGGGAUAAUAAAUCCUAUUUUGAAAGACAAGUCGCUUCUUCAAUCAUUGUCUUUAUCUUCGGAUCGAGAUGAUGAUGCAAAUGUUCAAAGUGAAGAAAUGGCAUUCCAAAAUCUCCAAUCGCAUCCUAAUCUUAAAGAGUUAAUGUUGCGUUCGUACAGAGGCACCAGGUUUCCAAGUUGGGUUUCUUCCCUCACAAAUCUUGUCAAUAUUCAGUUACGGUUUUGCAGAUGUCAGCAUCUCCCACCACUGUAUCAAAUCCCUUCUCUUCAAAAGUUAGAGAUUGACGGAUUAAAUGAUUUAGAAUACAUAGAAAUUGAGGGACAAGGAACAUCAUUCUUCCCAUCCCUCAAGUUUCUUAUGUUAAGGUAUUGUCGUAAGCUGAUAGAAUGGCGGAAGAAGAGGUAUGAAGAUGAUAGUGAUGAUUCAACCGUCGUACCAUCACCAGACCUACUCCAAUUUCCUUGUCUUUCUCGGUUCAUUUGCGAAGGUUGCCCUAACUUGAGUUGGAUCCCUCAGUUUCCAUCUCUUGAUGAAGAUUUAGAAUUGAGGAAAGUGAGCGUGCAACUUGUGCAGCAAAUAUUCACAACAUCAAUAUCUUCUUCUUCUUCUUCUUCUUCUUCUUCCUCAAUCAGUCCUCCUCUCUCUAAAUUGAAGAAUCUUCAGAUUAAGGAGAUUGAGGAACUCGAAUCUCUACCGUCAGAUGGAUUGCAGAAUCUCACUUCUCUUCACACUUUAAAGAUUACUAGUUGCCCAAGAUUAACUUCUCUGCCUCGAGAGAUAUAUUCCCUAACAUCUUUACGAGAAUUGGAAAUUGAUGAUUGUCCACUAUUGAACGAAAGAUGCGCAAAUAAAAAAGGUGCAGAUUGGCCUUUCAUUUCUCACAUCCCAAAUAUUGAAGUUGGUUACAAGAGAAUUCAAUGGGAGAGCCGCUAUCUACUAGAGGACGAAGAAAAAACAUCUACAGCUUCUGAAAUGGAAUGAUGCAAGUUAUGAAGAUUAGAUGCCUAAUUAUUUAGCUACACUAUACCAUUGGAAAUCAGCAGUACCAACUUCGAGUUGAAAUUUCUUGUGCUUUGUGUUCUUGACAAGUGACAUGAUAACGGAUAUGUAGGAUUAAUUUUGCACUGGACUUUCACUUUAAUUCCCACAUAUACUGGCUUAUCAAGCAUGAGGAAUCACAUCAACAAAUACUAAGAUGCUGAAUCCAUUCGAAAACAUUUUUUCAUUUCAAGCAUUUUUUGAAGAAUACAAUAUAAAAUAUCAAGGAAGAAACGAAUUUGCUUCGCAUUCUUGAAGCAGGUAUAAGGUCAUAGGCUGCAGCUGUGACCCCACCAUUGUUCCCAUCUUCCUCUUCUGCAGAAUUCUAACUCUGUAUAUGGUGACAUGCACGAAUAGGAAAUUUUGGUGACAACUUGCAACCGGAUGCUGGAUUCCCUUCUGAUAAUUGCUUCUCAGUCUUCAAAGGUGAUUAUGUCGACAGAGGUGCUUGAGGUCUCAAGACCUUCUUGCUCUUGUUAGCUUGGAAGUUUUCUGCAGAUUCCACGCACUUCCAUGAACAAUUGGCAAUUGUUUGCGUGAGUUCUCUCUAACAAAUUGAAGCAGAGAAGAUAUCAAGACAAUGACUACAAUCUGAUGAUUUAACAGGUUGCUCUAACACAAGCCAUGUGAAAAGAAGAAGACUGCUACAGUUGUUAAUCAUUGGUUGUCCCCAGUUGCAAGAAAGAUGUGGAAAUUGGCAUUUCAUUUCUCACAUCCCAAAUGUUCAACUUGAUUGGGAAAGAAAUAAAUGCACAGGAAAAUGAAAAUAGUGUGAAGGAUAAGUAUUCCAUGCACCACAAAUUUAGCAACUCUAUUCCUUGGGAAAAGAGCAAUAAACUGGCAGAACGAGGAGUCCCACUAUUACUGGUUUUUUACAUCCCUGAAAUUCUAAUAAAUUGGGAAGUGUUGAACAAAUGCAAAUGGUGCUGAGUGCGUUAGCAGGUCAUGCUUCUAUCCAUAGUAUUCUUUGGAAUAGAGUCUACUUCAAGAAGAUUCAUACACAGGGAAUUUUGGUGCAUAUUCAAGUCAAUUUGAUCAUCAGUGAUAUAGUUUUGCUGGAUUUUAAGAAUUUUACAUGGAAUUUCACAUUGUCCACAUCUCUGAAAAUUCCAA